AUGACGUACGACAACUCCAUCGCGACGUGCAGCUACGACGAGCCGCGUCAACCCACCGCCACCCAAAUCCUCGGCGUCGCCAUCCAGAAGCGGCGAUCCCUCAACAAGCUCAAGGAGCGCGACUACUACCGCGAGCUACUGCACACGGCCACCAUCCAGAACCUGUGUAAGCAUUUGGGUGAGCGACGUCGCGCCAAACGGCGUACGCUCGACCUGACUGACGGUGAUGGAGCCCCGUCGGCCAAAAAGGGUUGCACUGAACCAUCAGUUCAGAAAUGUGAUCCCCAAGGCGAUGCCAACAAGACGAAGCCGCUCGGCUGCAGCCCCUAUGCUAAUAACGAAUCAAGGAUGCAAACACAAGAUUGGCACCACCCGAUAUCGUUCAUAAGAUGCCAC